CUGAUCGGGCAUUUAAUGAGUUGCAGUUUGUGCGACGUAAUUUAGAUGUGUCUUUUGGUAAUCAAACAGAUAAGUCCGUCUGGUUACGAGAAAUCGUUUUGCUUUGCCGUAAUGGAGACCCCACAAAACUCUUUAAACAUCACCUUCCAGGACGAUAAAGAAAUCCAGGAUUUGUUAAAACAACUCAAGGAUGCCAAAACUGAACUACAGCUUACUAAAGACGAGGUGGAGCAAGUAAACCAAGACGUUAACAAAUGCAGAGAGGAGAUGGACCGGAGGAUGAUGAUGAUGGUCCAGAUGGACGAAGGCCUGUGGAAUGCAUUGCUUGAGCUGGACACUCAGAUGCAGGAGAAGAAAAGCCUUGCCAAUCAGCUGGAAGAAUUAACUCGAUCUAGUACCAUAGAGUCGAAGCAAGCUCUUCUGAGAAGUUUGCAGGAGGAGGAAAGCAGCCUGCUGGAGCAGGAGUGUCAUCUGAAGCUCAAACGUGAGCAGCUGAGGAAAGCACUGCUGGAUGCUUCUGCGAACUCAGAGGAAGUUUUACAGGGUGAGAAUCCAGUUCAACCAGACUCUUCCAGCCAGAGUAAGUCUACAGAAAAGCCAGUGAGAAAAAGAGGAACACGGAAGUGAUCACAACAUCAAAAAAGUGCUACUUUAAUUUUUUUUUUAUGUCUAGUACAACCAAGCUGCAAUAAACAUGGAAAAUAUGGUGAA